UGACUUUACGACCAAAAUUAUCCUAUUCACACUUUGUAGACAAUUUUGACACUAGAAUAAGUGUUUGACUAAUAUCGAUGCCACAUAGGCCGUUUUUAUACCCGAUAAGAUGUGUAUUACGUUUUCAGUUGCGCUUUGAUAGAUGUGACCAACUCUCUUAACUAAUUUAGAUUAUUUAUAUUGUUCCUAACAUCAGUCAUUUCCAGAGGUAUUAACAUUCAGAAGCAAUACCUUCAAUGGCUUUCUUUUAACUCCCGUAUGGGGAAUAAGCAAGCGAAACGUUCGUUUAUGUUCUGAUUUAGGCUACUUCACUCCCCCCUCGAAUUACCUCUGUGAGUCUCUCCCCCUAACUUUACCACCUUCACUGCUUUCCGUAUUUAUGGCAUUUCUAUAACCCUUCACUUUCCCCAAAGAAGGACACAAUACAGCUCGUACAGAUGCGGCGGGCUGAUAAUGAGACACAUGCACAGGACAAUGAGUGGGUUCAGUUUCGAAAUAUUACUUAUUGGAUUUUCCUUAUUGGCCCCCCAAAAAACUCAUCCUAAUUCACACAUCUUUCCAAGCACAGCUUUCUCAUCCUAAACGUGACAAUUGUAUUUGGUGCUAAUACAGUAGCCUAGCAUAGCCUAUAGUUUAUUCAGUUUAUAUUCGAUAAACGUACCACUAUGAAACGGUAUGUGAGUAGCAUUGACAAUGCUACACAUCACACGCAAAACUGGUGUGACUUCUUUUUCCGUCAUCGUUGCUGUAGGCUACGCUAUGCGUGUUGAAAAAGUGCCUCCUUUUGCGCUUCAGUCAUUGUGGCUUGAGUCGCGCAACACUCAGACUUGCUUUGGAAAACGGUCAUCCUCAAUGCCAUUUUAUCAAGGUGAUUAUUGAACAAAUCCCUGAGAAGCAAUGGAUAAUAUUUUAGAGAACGUAUCUUUUACUGGACAUUCUGUCUUUUACAACUUUACUGACGAUUGGAUACCUGCUGAAAGAGAAACUAUUGAUUUUAUUCUAAGAUGUGUCAUACCGACUGUGUAUAUUCUGAUCAUAACGAUUGGAUUGUUGGGGAACAUUACCUUGGUUAAGAUUUUUAUCACAAACAGUGCAAUGAGGAGCGUCCCCAACAUAUUUAUUUCGAGUUUGGCAGCUGGGGAUCUUUUGCUUUUGGUCACUUGUGUUCCAGUGGAUGCGUUCAGAUACUUCUUUGAGGAGUGGAUCUUCGGUGUUGUGGCUUGCAAACUAAUUCCGGUCAUUCAACUCACUUCAGUCGGAGUCUCGGUGUUCACUCUCACUGCACUAAGCGCGGACAGGUACAAAGCCAUAGUGAAUCCUAUGGACAUCCAGACAUCCAGUGCCGUGUUCUGGACAUGUCUGAAAGCUGUGUCCAUCUGGGUGAUCUCCGUCCUGCUGGCGGUGCCCGAGGCCAUCUUCUCCCAGGUAGUACACAUCCAGGACAAGAAUGUGACCUUCACUGCCUGCGUGCCCUAUCCCCUUUCCAACGACAUGCAUCCCAAGAUCCACUCCAUCCUCAUAUUCCUGGUGUACUUCCUGAUUCCCCUGGGGAUCAUCUCUGUAUACUACUUCCACAUCGCCAGGACUCUAGUCAAGAGUGCUCACGACAUGCCUGGAGAGAUCAGUGAGCACACGAAGAGACAGAUGGAGACGAGAAAACGGCUGGCCAAAAUUGUUCUGGUUUUUGUAGGCCUCUUCGCUCUUUGCUGGUUCCCCAACCAUGUCUUGUACAUGUACCGCUCCUUCAACUACCGUCAGAUCGACUCCUCUCUGUCGCACCUCAUCAUCACCCUGCUGGCCCGGGUGCUAAGUUUCUCCAGCUCCUGUGUCAACCCGUUUGCCCUCUACCUGCUGAGCGAGAGUUUCCGAAGGCACUUCAACAGCUCACUGCACUGCAAGAGGAAGCCCCACCAUGAACGCAACACUAGCUACCUGCAGCAUACCUCAGCCAUAAGAAUGACCUCCAUCAAGAAGACCACCCCUACUGUCAUCAACGGACAUGGCAACAGGCAGGAGGUCACUCUGUAGGUUUAGGAUGUCACCUGAUGACAUGUAAGUGGUGGGAGUGGCACCAAAAAAAGGUUAAGUGCAAAGCUUUUACAAGGAGAACUAUUAUGAAAAGGUCAUGCAUGUGUGCUAAACAGAAAAUGCUUUGUUUGAAGCUGUCUUGUCUAUACAUUCCCCACAAUGCCACAUAUCACUGCUGAUGAGAUGAUCACCCAUGAACUUGUCAACAAAUCUGUCUUGAGAGAUUCCGGUAUCCACAAUGUUCCAUUUUUCAUGUUUUGUUGUGUCUAUCUACAUGUUUCACUUUACACAGCUUGCAUAGAUAUAUACUGUCUGCGAAGCAAGCUGUCCAAACUGCAAACCCAAAGAGCAGGUAGUUGCUCCCAUGACAGGAAAUCUAUGUCCCUGUGUUUUUAUUUAUUUAUUUCAUCUUUAUUUAACCAGGUAGGCUAGUUGAGAACAAGUACUCAUUUGCAACUGCGACCUGGCCAAGACAAAGCAAAGCAGUUCGACACAUACAACAACAUGGAAUAGACAUGGAAUAAACAAACAUACAAUCAAUAAUACAGUAGGAGAAUCUAUAUACAGCAUGCGCAAAUGAGGUAGGAUAAGAGAGGUAAGGCAAUAAAUAGGCCAUGGUGGAAAAGUAAUUACAAUAUAGCAAUUAAACACUGGAAUGGUAGGAUGUGCAGAGGAUGAAUGUGCAAGUUGAGAUUCUGGGGUGCAAAGGAGCAAGAUAAAUAAAUACAGUAUGGGGAUGAGGUAGAUUGAAUGGGCUAUUUACAGAUGAGCUAUGUACAGGUGCAGUGAUCUGUGAGCUGCUCUGACAGCUGGUGCUUAAAGCUAGUGAGGGAGGUAAGAGUCUCAAACUUCAGAGAUUUUUGCAGUUUGUUCCAGUCAUUGGCAGCAGAGAACUGGAAGGAAAGGCGGCCAAAGGAAGAAUUGGCUUUGGGGGUGACCAGUGAGAUAUACCUUCUGGAGUGCGUGCUACGGGUGGGUGCUGCUAUGGUGACCAGUGAGCUGAGAUAAGGCAGGGUUUUACUUAGCAGAGACUUGUAGAUGACCUGGAGCCAGUGGGUUUGGCAACGAGUAUGAAGCGAGGGCCAGCCAACGAGAGCUUACAGGUCGCAAUGGUGGAUAGUAUAUGGGGCUUUGGUGACAAAACGGAUGGCACUGUGAUAGAUUGCAUCCGAUUUGUUGAGUAGAGUGUUGGAGGCUAUUUUGUAAAUGACAUCUCCGAAGUCGAGGAUCGGUAGGAUGGUCAGUUUUACGAGGGUAUGUUUGGCCGAUUCUAGAUUUAAUUUUGGAUUGGAGAUGUUUAAUGUGAGUCUGGAAGGAGAGUUUACAGUCUAACCAGACACCUAGGUAUUUGUAGUUGUCCGCAUAUUCUAAGUCAGAACCGUCCAGAGUAGUGAUGCUGGACAGGCGGGCAAGUGCGGGCAGUGAUCGGUUGAAGAGCAGGCAUUUAGUUUCACUUGCAUUUAAGAGCAGUUGGAGGCCACGGAAGGAGAGUUGUAUGGCAUUGAAGCUCGUCUGGAGGGUUGUUAACACAGUGUCCACAGAAGGGCCAGAGGUAUACAGGAUGGUGUCAUCUGCGUAGAGGUGGAUCAAAGAAUCACCAGCAGCGAGAGCGACAUCAUUGAUGUAUACAGAGAAGAGUCAGCCUGAGAAUUGAACCCUGUGGCACCCCCAUAGAGACUGCCAGAGGUCCGGACAACAGGCCCUCAGAUUUGACAUACUGAACUCUUAUCGGAGAAGUAGGUGAUCAGUGUGCUGCUUAGCUUCCUCUACUGUCCAACUAACCCAUCCUGGGCUCAAACCAGUGAUCCAGGUUUCCAACUGUUAAUGGAAACCUGUACACAACUAUUGCUGGACAGUAAGAGGAUAAAUGAAUUUGUUUAUUAGAUCACUUUGAUAAUGCCAUUUCCUGUGCUAUGUUUGAAUGUUUAUCUUCCGAUGCUCAAUGUGACACAAAUGUUCGAUGUUUUGUUGAGUAAAACAUGUCCCAGUAUAUUGAACUGCAAAUGCUGCAAUAUGAUUGCUGAAAAAAAAUUAAGAAAUAAACAAAUAAUAAUAUAUACAGUGUGUGUACAGAUAUAUAUA